AAUUCUUAAUUUGGCUCCCAUUGGAAUCAUAUUUUUUUUAAACUACAACUUCCAUUACUUCAAAGUCAAACACAUCAAAUUCGAGACUUUCCGGUGAAACUGUGAUCUUAAAGUGGCCUCAAGCCCUUCUCUGAGGUUGAGUAGCGAGGCGAUCAUAUAAGAAAUCUGGACAUGAGCUCCGUAAAAGCAGCACCAGCCACCGCCUGCCACGUCGUGGUCAUUGCCUACCCGGGUCGUGGCAACAUCAACCCCAUGUUGAACCUCUGCAAGAUACUAGCAUCGAAGAAGACAGAAAUUCUCGUCACCUUCGUUGCCACCGAGGAAUGGCUCGGCUUCAUCGGCUCCGACACUAAGCUGGAAAACGUACGCUUCGCCUCCAUACCUAAUGUUGUCCCAUCGGAGCUGGUUCGCGCCGCCAACAUGGACACCUUCGUAGAAGCCGUCUUGACGAAGAUGGAAGCUCCAUUUGAGCGGCUCCUGGACCGGCUUGAUCCGCCGCCAGCGGUUAUAGUGUCUGAUACUUUUCUGUCUUGGACAGUCGGUGUCGGGAACCGCAGGAAUAUUCCGGUGGCUUCGUUUUGGACCUCGUCGGCGUCGGCGUUCUCAGUCGUCCAACAUUUCGAUCUUUUGGUCCAAAACAAACAUUUCCCAGUUGACAUCUCAGCAAAAGGCAACGAGCGUGUGAACUAUAUUCCUGGAAUUUCGUCCACACGUGUGGUAGAUCUUCCUCUGAUUGAUGGGAAACAAGAAAAAAUGUUGCAGAGCUUCCAAAAACUGAUUCCAUGGGUGACAAAGGCACAAUAUUUCCUAUUCCCUUCCACCUACGAGCUCGAAUCUGAAGCAAUUGAUGUUCUAAAAGCAGAGUUUCCAUUCCCCGUCUAUGCUAUUGGCCCAAGCAUCCCCUACUUUGAACUUGGAGAAAACUUCUCACUAGCUUCCGGCGACAGUGACCUCAACUACUUUGAAUGGCUCGAUUGCCAACCAAGAAAUUCUGUUCUGUACAUUUCAAUGGGAAGCUUCCUUUCAAUUUCUAGUGCUCAAAUGGAUGAGCUUGCUGCUGGUUUGCGAGAUAGCGGUGUCAGAUUCUUGUGGGUGGCGCGUGGUGAGAGUUGUCGGGUGAAGGAGAUUUGUGGUGAUAUGGGAUUUGUAGUGGCUUGGUGCGAGCAGUUGAGGGUGUUGUCUCAUUCUUCAAUAGGGGGUUUUUUGACGCAUUGCGGGUGGAAUUCCACCCAAGAAGGUGUGUAUUGUGGUGUUCCUUUUCUCACCUUGCCCAUAGUUAAUGAUCAACCCCUAAACAGUAAGCUGAUUGUGGAGGAUUGGAAGAUUGGGUGGAGGGUGAAGCAAGAGGUGGGAGUGGACAAGUUGGUCACAAGGGAGGAAAUUGCAAGGGUAGUGAAGAAUUUCAUGAACCUGGAAAGUGAUAAAGGGAAAGAAAUGAGGAGAAGAGCAAGUGAACUUCAACAGAUCACUCAACGUGCGAUUGCUGAAAAGGGUUCAUCUCAAAAUAACAUCAAUGCCUUCGUUACGGACAUUUUUCACAAUGCCAAUGAAGCACGCUGAUGGAAAGUAGAAUUCUACAGCAAAAUAGAUCGAGGACGCGCGUGGGCAUGACUCAUAAGCAUUUAUCCCAUAAGCUCUUCAAGUUAUCUUUGUAGUAACUUGUUUUAGAGGAUAAAUAGUUUAAUUAAAUAAGGAGAAUUAUCUUCGAUUGUUAUUUCGUCAAUAUUUAGUAUUUAUAACUCUUUCUUUUAUCUUUGUUGUGGUAGUAGUUAGUUUAUUUGUAUUAGCUAGGGGUUUCUCUUCAAGCAAUGUAGGAGUUCAUCUCUUAUCCUAUCCUAUGUCUUUGUAUUUCUCUUAUUUAUUUAUAGGCUUGAAUGAUUAAUAAAAAGUAAGCAGAACAUUAAGUCUUC